AUGCCUCCGAAAGGCUCCCGCGCUAAGGCGGUGGUUGACGCUCCUGCUGGUGGUGGCGAUCCUGCAAGCAAGUCGUCACCAGGCAAGGGGAAGGAGGUUAUUGACAACCUUCCGUCUGAAGCGGAGGUGACGGCUGGAUGCUCCGGUCUCUCCAUUGAGGAAAAGCUGCAAGCGCUGGCUACGGUAGUUUCGGAGGACACUUUUAUUGAGGAUGAUUCAGACGAGGAGUUGGAAAUCGGCACGACCAAGAGUGCUCACCCGCAUUUGCGUUUCACGGCGAUUUUGCUUUUCCCGGUUAUUCCUUCUCGCGAAGUUGCCUCGGUGAUUCUGACUGUGAGGAUGUUGAUGAAGUGUGUCUGGUCUAACCUGCUCACUGACGACGUCCUCGCUUCGGUGAAGUUCCAUGAGCUGACCCCCGCGUGGGUCGCGAAGACCCGCUACAGCCGCCUUCAGGUCUCCUUCCUGCAUGAGUCUGACGCGGUGAAAAUCAAACAGACGGCGGUGGAACACAAGCGUAAGAACGGGACGACAAUGCAUUGCUUCUGGCUGCACCAGGAGGAUGCCGCUUACCUUCGCAAGAAGGCUUCAAGCCCUCAGCUGUUGGAAGUCUAUUUUAAGGAUGUUCCCGCGGAUAUCCCGCCGGAGCUGGUCAAGGAGCCAGGCUCUCACCUGCUCAUCAUGGGGGAUUUCAACCUGGUAGAGGACCCGUUGCUAGAUCGGACAUCGAGGAAAGGGACUACCAAGGAGAACGAGGAGCUGUACCGUCGACCGGGUGUCAGGAAGGUGAUUGAAGCUGUGGAACGGCAGGCAGACUCGUGCGGGGAGGAUUUUGAGCUGCUAAUCUCUCGCCUCAACACCGCACUACGAGCGUACGCGAAAGAGGAGCGGAAGAGGGUUCGGGCCACGAUGUCCCACCUUCAUCGGUCGGUUGCGGAGCUGAAGCAGGCGUGGCUGGGUGACCCGGGGUGUGCUCGGUUAAAAAGCUUGCUGGAUGACAAAGAGGCGCAGUUGAAGGCGUAUCAGUUGGCUCGGCAGGAGAGGUUACACGAAAUGGCAGGAAUGAGGGAGGAGGUCAUGGGCGAAGUGGCCUCCCCGCACCUGUCGGCAAAAAUCAAGGCCAGAAAAGGACGGACGCAGAUUACUGAGUUGAACGCAUGUGGGACGCUGGUGAAUGACAAUGGUGCUAUUUUGGGAGCAGCGUCACAGUACUACAGGGAGCUGUUUGGACGUGACAGACAGCAGGCUGGGUCCGCUUGGUCGCCUGCUCCUGGGUUUUUCCCGCAGCAGUCGGCAGAAGCGGUGUGCACGGCCUGGUCGGAGGAGGAGGUGAAAAGUGCCUUCCAUUCGAUGGCGAAUGACAAGGCUCCCGGGAAGGAUGGGUUGCCGAAUGAGCUAUUCGAGCUUCACUGGGACAUCCUGGGCAAGCAUUUCAUGCAGCUUGCACGAAAUUUCGCGGCUACUGCGACACUGCCGACGAGCACGAAGGACGCGGUCACCAUCCUGUUACACAAGAAAGGGGGGAGAGAUCAGCUGGAAAAUUACAGACCGAUCACGCUUCUAAGCUUCACCUACAAAGUGAUUGCGCGGGUGGUAGCGGACAGGAUGAAGAAGGUGCUGCACGAGGUCAUUUCCCCGGAGCAGUACGGUUUCUUGCCUGGCAGGAAGUUAUCGGAGGCAGUGGGCCUGGUCGCAGAUGUCAUCGAGGCCGCAAAGAACAAGGAUCGUGAUUGGUACCUUCUGCUGGUGGACUUCAUGAAGGCCUUCGACUCCGUAUCACGGGGUUUCCUGUUCACGGUGCUUGAGCGGAUGGGCUUUCCGUCCCUCUUUGUGGACUGGGUUCGAGGCCUGCACAAGGACACACGGACCAGCUUGCUAAUUAACGGCUGGAUGGGGGAAGCGGUUGAUGUGGUGUCCGGGGUGCGGCAGGGCUGCCCGCUCGCACCGUACCUUUUUCUGUGCGCGGUGGAACCACUGGCUCAGAAGGCGGCGGCCAGGAACCUUGGCCUUGAAGGGGGGAGUCGGCGGCUGGCGUAUCUAGGCUACGCCGACGAUACGACCCUGAUCCUGCAAGGGGAGGAGCAGAUUGAGGAAGCGGAACGGCUGUCAACGGAUUUCGAGGCGGACUGUACCCCCACCUGGGAAAAAGCUUUCGUGCGAAUCAAGGAAAAGCUGGGUCAAUGGGAGACGCAGCACCUCACGACGGGCGCCAGAGUAGCAGUAAUCAACUGCUACAUCUCACCGAUCAUUUUCUUCCAGGCGCAGGUGUAUCCGCCGCCGGUGGACAUUUGGGGGAGAAUCUUAAAGCUGGCGCACAACUUCGUAUCAGGCAACCAUGCGGUCACGGACAAGAAAUUCAUACUGUGGAGUCGGGAGCUUUUGUAUAUGGCAAGAGGAGACGGUGGUGUGGGGGUGCGUGACCCAGAUAUUGAGCUCACCUGUCUCGCGGCCAGACGCAUCGGGCUGUUGCUCACGGAGACGUGCGAGCUGAAGCGUGAGAUAAUGCUGGAUGCGGCUGACCUGCCGCUGGGGACGGAUACUUUCGUUGCUCAUGUGAAGCUCUUGAAGUGUUGGCGUGGGAAAAGCGAGAGGUGGAAGCUGGCUUGCGGGAGCUUCAUGCAGUCGCCGCUGGCAGAGUCGCCACCGGACCUGACGAGGGAGGAAAUUGAAGCGGAACGGAUUGUGUUAAAUCGCAACAUCUUGCUCAACGGCAAGACACCAGUAGGGGCCCAGAAGGCUGCGGCGAAGCAGUGGGAGCUCCGGCUGGGCGACCUGCUGCUACCGAACGGCGCGGGGGGGUUAGAAGUCAAGGACGCAAAAACCCUAGCACGGGAGCUAGGGGGCUCUAAACAAGCGAAGCUGGUUCUUCGGGCCUGGGAGGCUGUGCCGCAGAUCUGGAAGGAGGGCCUUCUGUCUGCCGAGCUACCGCAGUAG